AUGGGGAGGGAGAAGCUGCUGAUGAGAAGCGUGGCUGAAGGUGUCCUCCUGGAAGGAGGCAGUCCAUCCAAAAUGAGUAUCCAAAAUGAGCGUCCAAAAGUUCACCAAGAGACUGCAGCCAUCAGUGGCCCAUUCUGGGUCAUAUCUACUAAAAGCAGGAACUUAACUAGAUUUAGGGGUCUGGCUUUAACAGUGAUUUGGGAUUGGGUAUCAUUUUUCUUGUUCAUUAUUUUUGUGGUGUAUACCAUGCUGCCCUUCAACAUGAGGGACGCUAUAGUUGCCAGCGUCUUGACCUCUGCAUCUCAUACGAUUGUGCUGAGCGUCUGUCUAUCAGGUACAGCUGUUGUAAAGGAACACUUGGUUUGGCAGAUACUGGCAAAUGUAAUCAUUUUUAUCUGCGGAAACUUGGCAGGAGCAUACCACAAACACCUCAUGGAACUUGCGCUGCAGCAGACCUAUCAGGACACAUGCAACUGCAUCAAAUCCCGUAUCAAGUUAGAAUUUGAGAAGAGGCAACAGGAGCGUCUUCUGCUUUCUUUACUGCCGGCUCACAUUGCCAUGGAAAUGAAAGCAGAGAUCAUUCAGAGGCUACAAGGUCCCAAGGCAGGUCAGCUGGAAAACACGAACAACUUUCACAAUUUGUAUGUGAAAAGGCACACCAAUGUAAGCAUCUUGUAUGCUGAUAUUGUGGGAUUCACUCGCCUGGCCAGUGACUGCUCACCAGGGGAAUUGGUGCACAUGCUAAAUGAGCUGUUUGGCAAGUUUGAUCAGAUUGCAAAGGAAAAUGAAUGUAUGAGAAUUAAAAUCCUGGGUGACUGCUAUUACUGUGUUUCUGGACUACCUAUAUCUCUUCAAAAUCAUGCCAAGAAUUGUGUGAAAAUGGGAUUAGACAUGUGCGAAGCCAUUAAGAAAGUGAGAGAUGCAACUGGAGUUGAUAUUAACAUGCGCGUAGGAGUGCACUCUGGGAAUGUUCUUUGUGGUGUCAUUGGGCUACAGAAGUGGCAGUACGAUGUGUGGUCGCAUGAUGUUACUCUGGCAAAUCACAUGGAAGCUGGGGGAGUCCCAGGCCGUGUUCACAUCACCUCAGUCACCUUGGCACAUUUGAAUGGAGCUUACAAAGUGGAAGAUGGGGAUGGAGAUGUGAGGGACCCAUAUCUGAAAGAGCAUAAUGUUAAGACUUACUUUGUAAUCAAUCCUAAGGGAGAGAAGCGAAGCCCUCAGCAUCACAUUAGACCUCGACAUACUCUUGAUGGAGCCAAAAUGAGAGCUUCUGUCCGCAUGACCCGGUACCUGGAAUCUUGGGGAGCAGCCAAGCCAUUUGCACACUUGCAUCACAGGGACAGCAUGACCACUGAAAACGGCAAGAUUAGCACAACAGAUGUUCCCAUGGGGCAAUAUCAUUUUCAGCGUUGCAGAGAGAGAACAAAAUCGCAGAAAAGAAGGUUUGAGGAGGAACUGAAUGAGAGAAUGAUCCAGGCCAUUGAUGGAAUCAAUGCUCAAAAACAGUGGCUUAAAUCUGAAGAUAUUCAAAGAAUAUCACUUCUUUUCUAUAAUAAGACCCUGGAAAAAGAAUAUCGAGCAACUACUCUCCCUGCAUUUAAGUAUUAUGUGACUUGUGCCUGUCUCAUAUUCUUCUGCAUUUUUGUUGUGCAGAUUCUGGUAUUGCCAAAAACAUCUAUUCUUGGAAUUUCAUUUGGGGCUGCGUUUCUCUUACUUUCCUUCAUUUUGUUUAUCUGCUUUGCUGGACAGCUUUUGCAAUGUAGCAAGAAAGCAUCAGCUUCAUUGAUGUGGAUUCUGAAACCAUCUGGAAUAAUUGCAAACCGUCCUUGGCCUCGGAUCACUCUUACAUUGACAACCACUGCUAUAAUAUUAACUAUGGCUGUAUUCAACAUGUAUUUUAUAUACAGCUGCAUAUUAGGGCUCAUUUCCUGUUCUGUUUUCCUGAGGAUUAAUUAUGAGUUAAAAAUGGUGAUAAUGUUGAUUGCAUUGGUGGGCUACAAUGUUAUCCUUCUGCACACGCAUGGGCCCAUGCUGGAUGACUACAGCAAAUUUAUGUAUGCAAUGGCACCUCUUAGAAGGCCAGGAAUACUGAAAGACCUGAAGACAAUGGGCUCAAUUUCUUUGUUUAUAUUCUUCAUCACAUUACUGGUUUUGGGCAGACAGAAUGAAUAUUACUGUAGGUUAGACUUCCUAUGGAAGAACAAGUUCAAAAAAGAGCGGGAGGAGAUCGAAACCAUGGAGAACCUAAAUCGGGUGCUUCUGGAGAAUGUGCUUCCAGCCCACGUAGCUGAACACUUCUUGGCAAGAAACCUGAAGAAUGAGGAUCUAUAUCAUCAGUCAUAUGACUGUGUCUGUGUCAUGUUUGCCUCCGUUCCGGAUUUCAAAGAAUUUUACACAGAAUCUGAUGUAAAUAAGGAAGGCUUGGAAUGUCUCAGGCUGCUAAAUGAGAUCAUUGCUGACUUCGAUGAUUUAUUGUCAAAGCCAAAGUUCAGUGGAGUUGAAAAGAUAAAGACCAUUGGGAGUACUUACAUGGCAGCAACAGGAUUGAGUGCCACACCCAACCAAGAACAGUGUCAGGAACCUGAACGACAGUAUAUGCACAUAGGAACCAUGGUGGAGUUUGCAUUUGCCUUGGUGGCAAAACUGGAUGUCAUAAACAAGCAUUCAUUCAAUGACUUCAAGUUACGAGUAGGUAUCAACCAUGGACCUGUAAUAGCUGGAGUGAUUGGAGCUCAAAAACCACAAUACGAUAUCUGGGGCAAUACGGUAAAUGUGGCCAGCAGGAUGGACAGCACUGGUGUCUUAGACAAAAUACAGGUUACAGAGGAAACAAACAACGUCCUGCAGACACUGGGGUACAUGAGCACUUGCAGAGGAAUAAUAAACGUAAAAGGAAAAGGAGAAUUGAAGACAUACUUUGUACAUACUGAAAUGACAAGAUCCCUUUCACAAGGGAACGUGGCAUCUUGAGGAUGCUUGUACGUGUCAUCAGUACCAUAUUUUCAGGAAAGUAUCACGCACUUUUUAACUACAUUUUGGCCCUUAACAUGCGUGCUAUUUUCUGGUAUGUGGCACUUAUUUUAAUAUGGCUGCAGAAUAGUCCCAUGAGCCAUCAUUUUGCACCUUGAUAUUCCUUAUGUUCAAGGACAGUUGCGAUGUACGCUAUAGGACUGGAAGAUUGUACUGCUACUUGCACUGUUACUCAAAGACAAGAAAAGAAGGAAUAGGAAUUAAAAGGAGAUAACUCAUCCUGAAAGGACUAUAAAGAGAUGUUAGUGACAAAUGCGUGGAAAAAAGGCAAUAAAGCUAGGGGUGCAUACUAUUUUCUGAUGCAUGAUGUUUUCUGGAAAAUACAGUCGCUCCCCAAUAGCAUCCACUAAUCUGGUAUUAAAGUAUACAGUAUUUGUAAAUAAGUUUACUCUAUCCACACAUGAUUUGGAUGUGAUCACCAGUUGCAUCUCAUAGCCAGGGACACGUUGGGUGGCUUGCUGGCAUUCUUUCUGAAGAGAGAACUAACAAUGCUGGAAUAGUUUUGUACAAACGUGUCAAAUGUUUUGAAGCUAUUGUCUUUUGUAAGGUUAAUUCAUUAAAAGUUUAUAUGUACUUUGUCUUAC